AUGAAAGUUGUGGAUAUCCUUGGCUCGGGCUAUACCAAAAUAGUCCUUAAAGUUGUGCUAUCGGAGGGACAGUCUGUGGCAUUGAAAACGGUGUACGAUCAAGGAACUGACAUGGGGAGAUGUCUCGAGGAUUUUAAAGACCCCUUGGGCUGUCACGAGCUCGUGUCUUUUAAACUGAAAAAAGAAAUCGUUUUAUUGCAGAGACUGCAACAUCCAAACAUCAUAAAGCUCCGAGGCCACUGCGAGGACAGUGUGGGGGCAGGAGGCAUCACAGCCAUCCUGGAGCAGGGCUUCCCACUGCAGAUGAUCCAGCUCCUACAGAGCCCCUGGGAGGAACGAUUUCGGGUUUGUUUGGGCCUGGUGAGGCUCCUCCACUACCUCUCCCACUCCCCUCUGGGCUCAGUGGCUCUGUUGGACUUCCAGCCCCGUCAGUUUGUCAUGGUGUCUGGGGAGCUGAAGCUCACAGACCUGGAUGACGCCAGCGUGUCGGAGCCUGCCUGUCAGAUGGACCAGGACUGCAUCUUACAGUUUCCCCUCCGCAACUUCAGCCUGCCCUGCUCGGCCCAGGGAGUGUGUGAGGGCCUCAACGAGAUGAGGAAUCUCUACAACGCCUACAGGUAUUUUUUCACCUAUCUGCUGCCUCACCAAGCCCCGCCUGCCCUGAGACAUCUGGUGGAUCACAUCAUGAAUUCAACGGGAGAGCUGAAAGGGGAUGUGAAUGACACGCUGGAAGCCUUUGAAGACAUGCUCCAUCUGUACAAAUCCGGCCUGCACCUGGACAACACGCCUCCGUCAAUAAUCAGAGAUUAUACAGUCAUGAAAGGCAUGAGCACCUCUGGAAAUAUGGAAUACAGAUGCUGGCCCUCGUACAACCACCAAGGCUGCAUGCUGUCGGUGCACAGCAACAAGGAGGCGGCCUUCAUCUGUAACUCCCUUCCUCAGUGCACUAGCUUCAGCCUGAGCAACCAGAGGACUUGGACAGGACGGCUCCUCGCCUCGUUCCAAAGUGGUUUCAGCCAUUUGGUUACAGAUGGGAACUCGGAGGUGUAUUUGAAAAAGACCAAAGCAUCACCAGGAACUACAGUGUAA